CAAAAUCCGAAAGCAUAAAUCUUGAAAUAGUCAAUAGUUACAUAGAUAAACAGAGAAACAAGAUGGGAGGAAAGUUAAUACUCUUUGCAGUUGCAGGUGUUGCAGUUGUAGGUGCAGUUAUAGGCCUUAUCAGCACUGAUGUUAUGCACAAGAAAACAUCCGGUGAAGGAAAAGAUCCUCUGGCCACGACUUCAAAGCCGGUGGCCUCGGUUUGCUCUUCAACUGAUUACAAGGAGUCUUGUGUUAAUAGCAUGAGCGGUUUGGCUAAUAAUCAAUCUGCAACUCCGAAAGAAUUCAUUCAAGCUGCUAUAGAAUACGCACAAAAGGAAGUAAAAGCAGCAUUAGACAAAUCAGGAACAAUUUCAAAAGCUGUUAAUCAACCAAAAGAAAAAAUGGCUGUUGAUGAUUGCCAAGACUUGUUACAAUUUGCUGUUGAUGAGCUGGAAGCCUCAAUGUCAUCUGUUGGAGAUAGCGAUUUGCAUAGCAUGACAGACAGAGAGGCCGAGUUGAGGAACUGGUUGAGUGCAGUUAUUUCGUAUCAGCAAAGUUGUAUUGAUGGAUGUUCUGAACAUGAUGACUUAAAUGCCACAAUGUCAAAUGGACUAUUGAAUGCAACACAGCUGACAAGCAAUGCAUUAGCUAUUGUUUCCACAAUGUCCGAUAUAUUUAAGAAGUUCAAAAUUCCUGUAAACAUAACUGCCAAUCACAGACGCCUUCUUGAUGUAGCUUACGAUGAUAAGCAUGGUUACCCCAGGUGGCUUUCGUCUGUAGAUAGGAAGUUGCUAGCCAGCAAUAAUGCUGGGGUGACACCGAAUGCUGUUGUUGCACAAGAUGGAAGUGGACAAUACAAAACCAUUGGUGCUGCUCUUGCUGCAUAUCCAAAGGGUAACAAAGGAAGAUAUACCAUAUAUGUAAAAGCAGGGGUUUAUGAUGAGUACAUAACUGUUACCAAGGAUCAAGUAAAUGUCUUUAUGUAUGGAGAUGGACCACGCAAGACAAUGGUCACCGGUAGUAAAUCCAAUGCCAAAGGAAUUACAACAAUGCAGAGUGCAUCCUUUGCUGCUGUUGGUGCCGGGUUCGUGGCCAAAGGAAUGGGAUUCCAGAACACAGCAGGUCCUGAAGGACACCAGGCAGUGGCUCUAAGAGUCCAAUCAGACAUGUCUGCAUUUUAUAACUGCAGAAUUGAUGGAUAUCAAGACAGCUUAUAUACACAAACCCAUAGGCAAUUCUAUCGCAACUGUGUCAUCUCAGGCACGGUUGAUUUUAUAUUUGGUGAUGGAGCAGUCAUCAUUCAGAACAGUUUGAUCAUUGUGAGAAUGCCAGGUCCAGGUCAGAAAAAUACAGUAACUGCACAGGGGAGAUCAGACAAACGCGAACCUACUGGUAUAGUCAUCCAAAAUUGCCGCAUUGUCCCUGAGCAAAAACUCUUCCCACAAAGAUUCCAAGUCCAAACUUUCCUGGGAAGGCCUUGGAAAGAAUACUCCAUGACAGUGAUUAUGGAAUCACAACUGGCUGACUUCGUCCAGCCAGCCGGAUGGAUGCCAUGGCAAGGAACCUUUGCACUUGAUACACUGUUUUACAGAGAGUAUGCAAAUCAUGGGCCAGGAGCAAAUACUGCUCAGAGGGUCAGAUGGGGAGGCUAUAAAGUUAUUACCAACAGGAAUGAGGCUUUACCUUAUACUGCUGGACCAUUUAUACAAGGAGACCAGUGGCUUAAAGGAACUGGAGCACCAUUCAUCCUCGGCUUGAAAAGCUGAGACAUUCAGUAUAUACUCAAAUUACAAAUUUAG